GUCGAGCUUUUGCAAAGACUGCGAUUGGAAAAGUGUGCUUUCUAUGAAACGACAUAUUCAGCCACACUUAGGGACAAUCACGAAAGCACAAGAUGUCCGGCUACGUAUACUUCAGUCAAGAGUUUAAUUGAGCGAUUAUUUAACUUUGCCUUCCGUUCAGAGAGAAAAGCUACCAAACACUUCUUUCUCCAAAGACUGGAGGACGCAAUAAAACUCCAUCGUGAUGACCAAGGACAAGCUGUUAUAAAUCCCGCCUCGCUAGCUCUGUUUGCCACAAGUUCUAGAGAUGGAAACAAAAUUCGUAACAUAAGAGAGGCGAAUGGUAAGCGUCGUUUCGCGUUGAGACUGAUACCAUGGUAACGGUGUUUUGCGUUCAAUGACAACAAAAAAAAAAAGAUUUGUCUAUAAUUUUUUUACCGAAGAACUAGUAUCCUUAACCACUCAUCAGUCGCCUAAACGAAAAUAUUGUGAUAUAUUUUGUUAUUUACUCGCUUUAUGAAGAACUGCUAGUGGUCUUAUAAUUUCGGGAAGGGAAGGGGGAAGGGAAGUUUUGUGGAUAGCUGCGUCUUAAACAUUUUCAGAGGCUCUGUCGUUCCACCCUCUCGUCCUUGUUCUAUACAAUUGCUUCUCCCUACUGAGCAUUAGGUUUGCUCUCUUUGUCCUGAAAGCCUUGGAGAAAGUUAAGAAAACAAGGCUUUGAAUCAGAAGUCAAGACCAAUCGUUAGUCUGAACGUAAGGGAUGUUAGAGGCUGACAUUAAUCUGACCUCAAACACACCGAUUGAUAUAACUGAAGAUUUUCUUUCGCCGUAUCCUUAGGUAUAAUGAGCAUUUAACAUUUCAUAACUUAACCAGCGUCUUAGUGAUGUGGGAGGAAGUACGUAAUAUAUCCUUUUAAAUCUUUUUGCGCACAGAUCCAUGUCUGCGGAAACGUAGCUAUUUAAAAGGAGGAACAAAACGAAACCUCACAGGUGAGAGCCGAUGUAACUGAAAACUUGUCAACUUACUUUGGUGUCCAGAAUUGAUGGAACUUUUUUCUAAACCAAUCACACAGCUCUAGAAGAUUCGUAUGGUCUGGGGGACCAGUCUAUUCAGUUCACAGUUCCAAGUAAGUCAAUAUCCAGUGUUAAUUUUCAAUGACAAAUCUUCCCAGACAUUUCUGUAAGAAUAUAGGGCCAGUUACGACACUUUUCAACUGAGAGCUUCAUUGGUAUCCCGAUAUUACAAUAUCAAGGCAAUAAAACAACAAUCAGAGUGCGUCUUAGAAGACAGUCAACUUUGCUGACUGUAAUUUAAAAUAUUAUCAUUAUUUCGACGACUACAUCACUAUUUUUUUAUUUUAACAUGUAUUCCCAUAACACCUAAUUUCAGCCACAUCUCCCCUUAACGAUGUCAUCUGUCCGGGCGUGGCUGGGCUCCCCUUAAAAAUUAUACUUGGUGUAAAACCAGUGGCAAAUUCAAAGCCAACCUCAGCGGCAACGACCAAAAUUACGGCAGCUACAGUGAAACUGACUCCUUCCGCUGUCAAAACUGCAGUGACAGCAGCUAAGGCAGUAGCUGCUAAGGCUGUGGCUAACUCUAAGGCUGUUCAAGCUGCCAAAAAAGCAGUUGCUGCAGCAAAAGUAGCGGCGGUUAAUGCUGCUGCAAAAGCGAAAGCAGCUGCGAACGCGAAGAAGGUGGCAGCUGCCAAGGCAACGGCAGCAGCGGCGGCAGCUUCCAAAGCUAAAGCUGCCGCAGCUGCUAAGGCGCAAGCUGCCAUCAAAGCAGUGGCAGUAGCUAAGGCUGCAGCAGCUGCGAAAAGUGCAGCUGCUGCUAAAGCUCUAGCAACAGCAAAAGGAGCAUCAGCAGCCAUAGCAUCAGCAGCGGCAAAGAAAGCAAACGCUGCUAAGGUAGCAGCAUCAACUGCAGCUGCCGCCGCUAAGGCUCACGCGCAAAAACAACAGCAAGCAGCGCAGGUAGCCAAAACAACCGCUGCGGCAAAAAUGGCUGCUAAUGCCAAGGCGCAGGCAGAAGCCAAGGCGGCAGCAGCUGCUGCCAAUGCAGCGAAAGCCAAAGCGGCUAAUGCAGCAAAGGCUGCAGCGAAAGCUAAUGCAGCAGCGAAAGCAAAAGCUGUAUCAGCCGCCAAGGCAGCAGCCGCAGCAAACAAAGCAGCAGCAGCUAAAAAUAAAGCAGCAGCCGCAGCAGUGGUAGCCAACGCUAAGGCGUCUGCAGCAAAGAACGCAGCAUCAGUCGCCAAGGCAGCAGCCCAGGCUAAAGCGGCUCAAGCAGCUAAGGCAGCUGCUGCAGCCAAAUCCGCCGGUAAGCCAACAGUGGCUCCGACAUCUUUGGCGACCCCAUCAGUGACGUCGUCUGCAACUGGAGUGAAAGCGGCAACAAAGCCGACCUUGUCUACAAAGCCUGGAGCCGGUGGCACCACACCUACAACAGCCGCUACCGCCAAACCAGGGUCGUUAACGUCGGUUGGAAAUAAACCAGGUACGUACGUACCAUGUAGUGAGGUUAGAACAGCGGUCUCUCGAAACAAAUUCAGUCAUAGGGCCAUGUGUGCUAUAAGGAUAAUAAUAAUCCACCACGGAAACGUUUAGGUCUCUAAGUAAAAAGCCGAACGUGGAAGAAAGGAAAUAAAACAUUUUGGGGAGAGCAAUGGAACUUCGGGAGCAUACCAUGACACAUGAAGAUAACUCUUCUCUCUUUCUGUGGAAAGGUUCUCGUCAGAAGUCGUUCAAUGCAGUAGUGAGAUUACCUAGUGCUGCACACAAGCCUGUACUCAACAAUAAAAAAUCAGCACAGUUCAAGACACUGUCAAAGAACCUCUGUAACAAGGUAACAUAUCAAUAAUAACCAAAACUUCUUAUUUCUAGCACACUGUUCCCUCUCGUCGCUGACCAAUCAAACGUCCCCUAAUGGCUUUAGAAAGUAUCAGUAUGGAAUAAGAGCUUGUAAUUUCCUAUCAGCUUAUCGUCCAGCCCUGUUGCAUUGCAAAAAAAGUAAAUUAUGCCUCAUUUGUAAUUUCAAAAGUUGCACAAGCGUACCUCACACUGUUUCAAAACAUUCGUUUCUUCUUCCCGUUCCUGAAUCAACUAACUGAACUUAAAACAUGCUGGUUCGAAUGCUUUCUUCCCCAGUUAAAGUCAGCUAUUCAGGGAGGUAAAGCUGUUAAAGAAUGCAAUGUUCAAAGUUUCCGGUAGGUACUACUAUAAGUAGAAAACAAGGGCCAACAUUUAAUAUUAAAGAUUUGGAUAAGCAUAUAGGCUUACAGCAUAAAUAAAUUGUAUAUACAGCUGUUUGGAGAAAGGUUGUCGGAUAAAAGGAUGAAAGUGCAGGCUACAAUCUUGAAAAAGUAAUCUGGAUAUCCGGUAAUCAAUAAAUUUUAAUAAGUCAAAUGAAUAAAUAGAUUCAUCAAACCUGCCAUGCCUCGUCCUUACAAUGACAUUUUCUCAGAUUCCUUGAAAUCGUGAGGUCAAGGAACCGUAACCUUAAAACUAAUCACAAUACCUUUUGGGGUUUCUACGUGCACUUAUACGUUUUUUUCUGAAAGCCUUUCUCGAAACAACUGCAUUCAUCCUUAAAGGCUACUGAAAUUUUACGGCCACCUGCAAUUACGGAUCUGGUUGGAAUCAUAAACUAGACAAGAUAAUUCUACGAAAAUCGAAAAAUUCCGUUUCUACACGUCAGUACUAAAAAGGGAAUUUAACUUCCGAUUUUUCAUGAGCGAUAAGAAGCCUGUUGACCCUGAAAAGUCAUAUACAAUAGUUGUAAGUAGAACAUGACCCAGUGACGUAUAAGUCGGGCGUCGACAUAUUUUGAAAUGCAUAAAAUGUGAGCAGUAACCUCCGUGCGAUUUCCUGAUUGAUUCAAAUGACCGUAAUUUAAAACGCUUUUCGAUUGAGCAUAGUAAAAGCAAGUCCAAGGUGAUCACAACGACCAAUGAGGAGACAAGAAAAUACCUCUAAGAACCGAUGAUAACUCAAAGUAAAACAGAUCAAACUGCCUAAAGCGUGGGAAAACGCGUGCGAUCAAGUCGUGAUAGGUUUUAGUUUUGCAUCUGAUUGGUUAAGAUAGUGGCGCCAGUUCUCUGGACCAAUUACAGAGCGAAAGAGAGCAAAUCAAAGCAAUCCUAGAUUAAUUUCGAUACUCGGGAUAUGCUCUAAUAUACGUUGAUAAUACGAAUCUAAUCACAUUUGAUUACUUCUUGUUUUUGUUCUCUGGCAGUCCCGGCAGUCUCUUGGUAGAUUUCUACUUAAGGUUCUUAAACACCUUACCUAACCCCGUGCAGCUGUUACUAAACUUACUGAAAACUGGAUUUAUGGGAGGAAUUCCAGUUGAUAAAUUACCACUGAGGCUAUACAAUGGGACAGGUGAGUAAUUUGCCACAAGUUAUGGCAGUUUCUGAAUAAUAGUACAGGAGCCCGUGAGUCGGUAGAAAGUCACACAUUUGAUAUAUAAACCACCUACUGAAUAAAGAUUAACGGAAAAAGGCAACUGCAGAAAGAAGACGUGCAUGUAAAACCACCCUGUUGUGGCAAGCAGCUUGUUUUGGGCACCAAAAUCACAACAAAUAGUUAUAUAGUCCCUUUUAUACUGGAGUUGGAACUAUUCUCGUCAAGGGAUGAACCACAUGAAGGUACCGAAGCUUAACGUGGGUAAAAAUAACUUUUCGUUCUGUCUUUCUCCCGCAGGAGUUAAGUUUCCACCUGGUUUCUCAGGCUGCAAACCCGCGGGGUGCCCAGUUCCUUGCACACCUCCUACAUGCAGCAUUGCUUGCUCGACUGGGAUUCCGUGUAGUCCUCCUGCGAUUAUUCAACCGGUCGCUCCAACUCCUCAGGUCAUUGUGGGUCCCACAAUUCCAGCAAUACCUGUUUCUUAUCCCGCUCCUCCUGUCUACGCUCCAGCACCGGCUCCUUAUCCGCCUCCUCCACCCAUGCCCUCGCAGCCGGCCUGCCCGGUGCAAUGCUUACGGCAUGCACCACAGUUCUGCCCAUCCUACUGUGGGCAGAGCUGCUGUAAGUCAAGUUUUCCUUCAUAUACGGGAAAGAAAACUGAAGUGGAGAGACCAAAAAGCAUCAAGUCGUUUCCAAAGGAAAGGCGUGCUAGUCAGAAGACGUAA